CUUGGUUAAUGUCCAAUAGGUUUCCGGUGUGUGUCCCCUGCUACAAGGAGAAAUCGGUAUUACUGAAAAAUGUCCGCCUGGCUGAGCUUGUUUGGUGUGUCCUUGAGAACGCUGUGUGCCCGACAUGUGCACCAUGUGGUGCAGGGCAGGCUCGUACACCGCCAGGGUGAGAGCUUUGGUUCUGAGUCCACAAAUUGUGAUUUUUCGUGGAUUUUCCUCCAGCCUAUCAGAAACCAUCAAAUAUGAAGAGCUUAAAGACUUACUUAAAAAAGAGAGCACCUUUCUUAUUGAUGUCCGGGAGCCAUGGGAAGUCAAGGAAUAUGGGGUUAUCCGGGACUCAUUCAAUAUACCAUUGGGUGACCUAGUGCAAGCAUUGCAAAUGGACCCUAAAGACUUUGAAGAGAAAUAUCAAACGAAAAUGCCAAUAAAGUCCGAUACACUUGUCUUUUCCUGUUUGGCUGGAAUUCGGAGCAAGAAAGCAUUGGACACAGCUGUUUCUUUAGGUUUUACCAGUGUUCAGCAUUAUGCUGGUGGUCUUGACGACUGGGCAAAGCAUGAAUUGCCAGAAAAGAAGCCUUGAACAUUAUCUAGGAGAGCUUUAUUUUAUAAUCUUCAUAAUAUGCCGUUUAGUUAUAGAACUGUAUUUUGAUACACUUUUUUUUUUUUUUUUUUUGCACCACGGGCUCAUUAGCAUUAGGUAAUUGCAUCUUUUGACAAUUGUUAAAAAUAAUGUUAAUUGUAGAGUAGUGAUGUCUGCCAUUCACAAGUGUAGUUUGAUCUAUUAUUCCCUGCAGUUCUUGUUUGUUUAAUUUGUACACAGGUGUAUAUUAUCUUAUUUUGAAUGUUGAAAGAUACAUUUUUGCAGCUUUCUCCUUUUUGGGUGAGGAGCUGGCAGAACUGAUCUAGAGCAGAGACGUGUUUUUUUUUUUUUUUUUUUUUUUUUUUUUUUUUUAAUGAGGGAUCACAUUAGAGUCCUAUAAAAAAAAAAAAAAAAUGUUUUACUUUAUGAACCAGGACCAGUAAGCAGACAUUGAAGAUUCUAUUAAUAGAAGCAGAAGUUUAUACAGUAUAUCUGCAUAGGUAAGCUUGCUAGGAGUAUUUCUUUAGCAGGAUAAGUACAGCAAACCUACAUAUAAAUUCACCUAGGAACACACAUGCAGUCUUUUCAGCUAUAUGAAUAAGCUAGGUACAAGAAUAUGAAAUUGUGUAAAGAUUGAGAAAGAGGCUAAUGCAUGGUUCAGAUCUGGGGCCAGAUGAGAAGCAGUAGAGCCACAUUAUGACAACAGUUUUUUAAACAUUUUCAAUCUAGAUCCUUAUAGCGAGAAAUUUGUCUCCUGAAUGAUCGCCUUAUUGGCAUAACUAUUUGUCAAUACAGGAUGGACCAAUUGAUAAAUGUUAUCCUUUUUUAUAAGCAUUUUUGUAUCAUUCAUUUGUUUAUGUAGACAAAUUGACUGACUGGCUUUUUUUAAAAACUUAAGAAGGUGGUAAUCUUAUGUUUAUGUUCCUUUUUUCGUAAACUGCACUCAAUUGCGAAAUUAUUACAAAGUUAUUGUUACAACUUCUGAAAUUUAGGAUUCUAAGUAGAAAAAAAAACUAAUAGCAAGCACAAAAAAUUAAAUAAAUAAAAUAUCUCCAUUCCAAUAAA